AUGGCCCCGGCGUCGCUCGUCAUGAACCCCUCCGGGCUCAGGACGUUUGGCGGGGACCGCGCGGGGCCCGGCGCGCUGCCAUUCAGUGUCGACUCCCUCCUGGAGGCGCAGCGCCGGCUGGGUCCGGAGCUCGCGGAGCCCUGGGAGGAGAGGCCACGGGGCACCGCGGAGUCCCGGGCCUGGUUCCCGCCUGCCGCCCGCUCGUCCUCCCCACGCGCCCCCAGCCCUCUGCCGUGCACCCUCCGAAAACACAAGAACAACCGCAAGCCGCGGACACCGUUCACCAGCGCGCAACUGCUCGCUCUGGAGCGCAAGUUCCGCCAGAAGCAGUACCUGUCCAUAGCCGAGCGCGCCGAGUUCUCCAGCAGCCUGAGCCUCACCGAGACGCAGGUGAAGAUCUGGUUUCAGAACCGCCGGGCCAAGGCCAAGAGGUUGCAGGAGGCCGAGCUGGAGAAGCUGAAGCUGGUGGCCAAGCCGCUGCUGCCCGCGUUCGCCCUGCCCUUCCCCCUGGGCGUCCACUUGCAGGGCUCCUCGGGCGCUUAUGGCGUUGCCACAGGAAACCUGCCGCACGUGCCGGGACUCCUCGCGGCGCCCGUCACCGCCUACGGCGUGUAUUACCUCUCCUAGGGGGCCUGGACAGUGGCUUUGCCUCGUGGUAGCCUGGGGGUCCGCCGCGGAGGGAUCGCGCGGGGCCCGCAGAUGGGCCCGCCGCGGAGCUGCGCCCCAGCCACCCAGGUGGGUCGUCGCGCUGAAACUGAUGCCGCGGUAAACACCCAGCGUUCCGUGGGCCUUUUUUUUUUUUCUUUUUCAGUUUUGUUGUUGUUGAUAUAAUGUUAUAAUCGCUGCGUCAAGCCUAUUCGUGGGUAUCUUACAGAUAUUUAAAAACUUCUUAGAGAUCAUGCUGGUACUAGACAGACCGUCCUCAAAGACAGUGAAUAGCUUCACACAGCGUCCUCGGAAUGGGCGGUGGAGCUCCUGUUUUGUGCCAGAAAAGUGCUCUGAAGUUUGCUUUGUGGCACCACCGGCACUCGGGACUCGCCAGACUGUCUCCGGGCAAGAGCCUGACUCCACAACCAAGAAACAAAAGCAGUGUGGGGCCAGGACUGCGGAAACGGAGGGACUGGGUUCCUGGCACUAACUGGGUGCCAGUUUACGGAGGGGUGCAAACGCUCAGAUGUGUGUUAGGGAUUUUUCUCUGUAUUUAUGUUUUUACUAAAGCAUA